AUGGGGUCAAUUGCGAACAGCAGCCUUAAGGGUGAUUGGCAAGAAAUUGUUGCUCGCAAACGCAGAGAUCAGGCCCAAGCAAUUGAAGGCUUUUUGCAGAGGCACAAGAACAUAAAUCCUAGCAGUGAUGGUACCGAGAUCUGUUCUUUGGACCACAAGAUACUGCUAGAGUCACUCAGCCGUGGCGAUCUAACGGCCGAGAGCGUGGCAUUGGCAUACAUAAACAGAAGCUCAUCGAGAGGUAUGAGUACAUCGAUUCCUAACUUGGGCCAACGGACCUCUUACCAGCCACAGACCAACUGCCUAACCGAGGUUCUGUUCGACCAAGCUCUUCGACGAUCGCGUGAAUUGGAUGAGCACUUCCGCAAGGAAGGUAAAUCCAUAGGCCCAUUACAUGGAUUACCAGUCUCUCUCAAAGAUCAAUUCAACGUCAAAGGUUUUGACUCGACUCUGGGCUAUGUGGGCAGAGCAUACUCUCCUUGUACUGAGGAUGCAACUCUCGUCACAAUCUUGGUUCGGUUAGGUGCUGUGAUCAUCGCCAAAACAAAUAUCCCGCAAAGCAUCAUGAUGGCCGAAACCGACAAUCCAGUAUGGGGGCUUACUGUCAACCCAAAUGAUCCCUCAUUUACUCCAGGUGGUUCAUCUGGUGGUGAGUCUGCUCUGCUCGCAUGCAAAGGUUCUAUGAUUGGAUGGGGAACAGAUAUCGGGGGGUCUAUCCGAGGACCCAGCAGUAUGAUGGGGUUAUAUGGGCUCAAACCAAGUAAUGGCCGCCUUCCUUACUAUAAUGUUGCUGUCUCUACAGAAGGACAGGAACAUGUUCCGUCCGUAAUUGGACCCAUGACACGAUCAUUGCACUCGCUCUCUGAAGUCACUAAGGCCGUGAUUGACUCGCAGCCCUGGUACCUGGAUCCACGCUGCAUUGCCUUACCUUGGAGGUCAGAAAUGUAUCAGGAGAUACUGUCCCGUCCGUUGACUAUUGGUGUUAUCUGGGAUGAUGGUGUGGUUAGAGUUCAUCCCCCAAUUCGACGGGCACUUGACCAUCUUGUCGAAAAGCUGAAGUCGGCGGGCCACGAGACUAUUACUUGGGAUCCAACCGGACAUGCAGACUUCAUCAAAAUCCAGGACCAGUAUUACACGGCUGAUGGGGGCGAGGAUAUUCGCCGCGACAUUGCCGUCUGCAAUGAGCCAUUCCUACCUUACGUGAAAUCUCUUGUAGAUCGAGGAGAGCCCAUCUCUGUCUACCAAUAUUGGCAACUGAAUCGCCGGAAGCUCAAUUGUCAGAAGGCGUACCUUGACCGGUGGAACAACACUCGAGCACCGACUUCGGGACGAAAAGUAGAUGUGCUCCUUGCCCCGGUGAUGCCUCACCCAGCAGUGCCUCAUAACUCAUGUCGGUGGGUCGGAUAUACGAAAGUGUGGAACUUCCUGGAUUACUCGGCUCUCACGUUCCCAGUCACAGCGAUAUCAAAAGACAUUGAUAUUGCUGAUCCUUCGUAUGAGCCUCGCAACCCAAUGGAUGAAUGGAAUUGGAAUUUGUACGAUUCAGAAAGGAUGAACGGACAUCCAAUUGGGCUGCAAAUUAUCGCGCAGAGACUCCAGGAAGAGAAGGUUUUGGCGGCAGCAAAGGUGUUUGAGGAAUUGCUGGUUGACUAG